AUGGCCGCCGGUCGUGCCCCGCCCCCUGCACAGCAAGGCCUCCUCGGACCCUCCCAAGCUAGCGUACCCGAUGCCAUCCCUGGCGCCUCUCAGAUGGGGGCUCUCCCAGGCAUGCCAACCGAUACGUCCAACGUGAAUGUGCCCGGCAUCAGUCAUUCUUCUGCUCCCUCGCAGACGCUUGACCCGGCGGGCGGGUUGGGUCAAAUGUCUCCCUCCACCCAGGUCCAUAUUCCCCAAAUCGCUCAGACCCUGUCUAGCAGCAGCCUGGGAAUGUCCGCCGCUGCAAUGUUAGGCGGGCCGAACGUCCCACAGCCAAUGACCGGACCACAGUCGAGCGCUAGCAAUCCCGCCACUCCUGCCCUGGCGCAGGAAAUGAACGGUUUGGAACAUCAACAGACAGAAGAAAGUAGAAAGCGAAAGUCCAGGGAAGUGGAGGAAGUGGAUCCUAAACGUGUGCGACAAAAGACAGACGCUUCAGAUACACGAUCAUCGGUCGGACUUGAUCGAGACUCCGUGCCGCCUUCAGGACUCGCUAACGGAAGUACCACCCCAUCGGGAGCUCACACCGCUCGACAGCCGCUGAGACAGAGGAUCGAAUAUGUUCCCCUCGCUCGCCAGCUUGAUACUGCCGGGGGUAGGAACCUCGAGGCCAUCCAACAUGAACUAUCCCGUGCUGCUAUGCGCCCUCUCAAAGAGUUGAACGAAUGGGGCCAGGUUGAUGUCGAAGCCUUGGCAAUGUCCCUUCGGUCCCGAAUAUCUACCGAGCUCUCCUACGGGCUGACUACGUUCACCAUGGUGACCCUCUUGCGCUUUCCGAACAGGGAGACUGGCUUCCCCAUAUCUCAGGCUCUCGAGCUUCUUGAAGAGGUUCUCGACCUGCUAGAGGACGUUAGUUUCGAAGGUGUGGUAAAUGGCGAAUCAGACCAAGCGCCGGAUGCCAGAGUCAGAACACAUCGCGAACUAGUCAACGCUAUAGUGGAGGACAGCGCAAGCCCCUUUGGAUCUUUGCUGCCAAAGCAGGGCUCGAGAGAUCAUGACUGCGGACCUCAAUCGCGCCCUGGAGAAAUAAUUCUAUCUAUCCUGAACAUUCUACGAAACCUUUCUGUCGUGCCCGAGAACCACGAGGUCCUCGCAACGCAUGACCGGCUUCUCACCAUCAUACUACGAUUGUGCGAGCUGGCACCAUCCAAGCCGGGUGAUUUACUGCCACGCCCGGCCUCUCCACAGCUUUCUCUUCAAGACCUCUUGGCGCUACGCAAGGAUGUACUACAUAUUCUGGUCAAUAUCGCAGGUUUUGUUGAAUUUUCCUCGCCGACGAAUCCCGCCGAGGGUGAACUUAAUGCACGACGAGCGUUCGAACUGCUAUCCUCCUUCCUUACAGACAAAGUGGAGUCUGUGACUCCGUUCGCGAGUAUGAUACUGUCGGGUCUGCAGCCUGCCAUGCACCAGCCUAGACCACCGCCCCUCGCCGAUAUCACGCUUGAAGCGUUCACGCGGCUUUUCCAGCCCGACGAGAGCCGCCGAAUGCUCUCCGAAGCUGUCCCCGAGGAAUGGCUGUGGGAUUUUGUUGAGUCUCUGGUGCAUCGUUUGCCUGUGUCCGACAACGACUUCCAAGUCGUCAUGCGCGACGUCUGGCUCGGUUACGUGGAGAAGACCAUCAUGGCAAUCUACGCGCUCGCCUUCCUGGCCACGCCGCAGCUGAAAAAGCGGAUCAAGACAGACCGGAGGCUGGCGUUCGCGAAGAUUCUGACGCGUCUGGUGAAGAAGUUCACAAUCUACUCGCCGCAGGAAACGCGGGUCUACUUCAUCAUAUGCGUGCGUCGCGCGAUCGAAGCACUGAAAAUGGUUGACGACGCAGAAGAUUCCUUCGACACGUCGCAGGCGACGUCGCCCACACUCAUGUUCGGCAUGGGCUACGGCGAGCACGGGGAAAGUCGCGACGAGAAGGGGAUGGGGCUACUCAGCGGAUAUCAAGACGAGAUUACGUGGGGGCUGAUGCUGCAGCGGGAGGUUGCGAAUGACGAGCUUGUAUUCUCAGAGUUGGAAAGUCUUGUUAGGGUGGACCGAUUCACUCCUGUAUUAUCUGCUUGA